ACAGUCACUAACAACAGCAGCAAUACAAUGCUGUAAAAACAUCUGAAAAUAGUGAUGCCGUGUGAAUUUGAUUCUUAGAAACAGUAACUUCAUGCGUCCCUCUUAUGCAGUGUGAAGUUACAGUGCUGUAUGUUCACCACCACCACCCAACUUUCACAGCAAUGUAAAAGUCGUUCCAUGGCCCUCAUGGAGGGCAGACUGUAUGCGCCUUGUUAGAAAUGAAUCAGUCACUUUAAUACAGUGUCUGAGGGGAGGGAAGAUCAUGAGAGUUCUCUUUGUUUAAGUUUGUGUUAAAGUUUUCUUGGGCAGCAAGUACAGAAAGGAAGCCCUAUGCCUUAGCUCAUUCUGUGUGUGAGUUUUCUUUCUCACAGCCGUGCGGUGUCUAUUUAACAUAUGGGGAGUGGUUUCAAGUUCGUUGCUAAAUCUUAUAGGCUAAAGUGCUUUGUGGGCUUGGCUAGGACUUAAGUGGCCUUUAGGGAGUCAUUCUGCCCUGAGCUUGAGAACAGGAUUGCGUUCCCUGUUUAUGUGGAUUUUCAGGGUAGUAAAGUUUUUUCCCCUCUUGGCUGUCAGCUGCUUUGGAGAUUAGUUUCAUAGUAAGGAUUCUGUAUUUAAAGCAAUAUGAAGCGACUACUUCCACAGGGGCACCAGCUUUUCCCUAGACUAUGGAGUCCAGGCUGGUGGAGGCCUGGGGAGCCACUUCUGAUCCAGUUAGUCUCCAGAGGUCUGGCCUAAGUCUGGAGGAGGAGGAGGAAUCAGUCAUGGACUCCUGAGGUGAAGUUGACACAAGCUCCUUUGCUUUUACCCCGUCAGAAGUCAACAUGUCUCUGAAAAAUGAGCCAAGAGUAAAUACCUCUGCACUGCAGAAAAUCGCUGCCGACAUGAGCAAUCUGAUAGAAAAUCUAGACAUGCGGGAGCUCCACUUUGAGGGAGAGGAGGUGGAUUUUGAUGUGUCUCCCAGCGAUCCCAAGACACGUGAAGUGUCUAUUCCUUUCUCUGCUGUUUAUAACACUCAAGGAUUUAAGGAGCCUAAUAUACGGUCGUAUCUCUCUGGCUGUCCAAUAAAAGUGAAAGUUCUGGAAGUGGAACGCGUUACAUCUACAACAAAGCUACCAAGUUCCGAUUUUUACACUAUUGAAUUAACACAUGGAGAAUUUAAGUGGCAAGUUAAGAGGAAAUUCAAGCACUUUGAAGAAUUUCACAGAGAACUGCUCAAGUACAAAGCCUUUAUCCGAAUCCCCAUCCCCACCAGAAGACACACAUUUAGAAGACAAAAUGUCAAAGGGGAGGAACCUCGAGAGAUGCCAAGUUUACCACGUUCUUCUGAAAAUAGGAUUAGAGAAGAAAACUUCUUAGGUAAAAGGAAACAACUGGAAGAUUACUUGACGAAGUUACUGAAAAUGCCCAUGUACAGAAACUAUCAUGCAACAACAGAGUUCCUUGAUAUAAGCCAGCUGUCUUUCAUCCGUGAUUUGGGACCAAAGGGCAUAGAAGGUAUGAUAAUGAAAAGGUCUGGAGGACAUAGGAUACCGGGCUUGAAUUGCUGUGGCCAGGGAAGAGCCUGCUACCGAUGGUCAAGAAGGUGGUUAAUAGUGAAAGAUUCUUUUUUACUGUAUAUGAAACCAGACAAUGGUGCUAUUGCCUUCGUCCUGCUGGUUGAUAAAGAAUUCAAAAUUAAGGUGGGGAAGAAGGAGACAGAGACUAAAUAUGGACUCCGAAUUGAUAAUCUCUCAAGGACACUUAUUUUAAAAUGCAACAGCUAUAGACAGGCUCGAUGGUGGGGAGGGGCUAUGGAAGAGUUCAUCCGGAAGCACGGCAGCGACUUUCUCAAAGAUCAUCGAUUUGGGUCAUAUGCUGCUAUCCAAGAGAACACUCUAGCUAAAUGGUAUGUUAACGCCAAAGGAUAUUUUGAAGAUGUGGCAAAUGCAAUGGAAGAGGCUAAAGAAGAGAUUUUUAUCACAGAUUGGUGGUUGAGUCCAGAAAUUUUCCUGAAACGCCCGGUAGUUGAAGGAAAUCGCUGGAGGUUGGACUGCAUUCUUAAGCGGAAAGCACAACAGGGUGUGAGGAUCUUCAUAAUGCUCUACAAAGAGGUGGGACUUGCUCUUGGAAUCAAUAGUGAAUACAGCAAGAGGACUUUAAUGAGUCUACACCCCAACAUAAAGGUGAUGAGGCACCCAGACCAUGUGUCAUCCACCGUGUAUCUGUGGGCUCAUCAUGAGAAGCUUGUCGUCAUCGACCAGUCAAUAGCCUUUGUGGGUGGGAUCGACCUGGCCUAUGGAAGGUGGGACGACAAUGAGCACAGACUCACGGAUGUGGGCAGCGUGAAGCAUGUCAUUAUGGGACCAUCCCUGCUGUCCCUCACUGCUGAAACAACAGAGUCUACAGUAUCUUUAUACCUCAAAGAUAAAAGUGAAUCAAAUAAAAAUCUGCCCAUCUUGAAGAGUGUUGAUAAUGUGGAUUCAAAAAUGAAAGGCAUAGGAAAGCCAAGGAAGUUCUCCAAAUUCAGCCUCUACAGGCAGCUCCACAGGCAUCACCUGCAAAGUAUGGACAGCAUCAGUAGCACUGACAGCACCUCCAGUUACUUUAAUCACUGUAGAAGUCACCAGAAUUUAAUCCAUGGUUUCAAACCCCACUUGAAACUCUUUCGCCAUUCCAGUGAAUCCAAGCAGGGACUCGUUAGACCUAACGUUGACACUGGCUCCGUCCGCAGCUUACAGACAGGCGUGGGGGAGCUGCAAGGGGAAACCCGAUUCUGGCACGGAAAGGAUUACUGCAACUUCGUCUUCAAAGACUGGGUUCAACUAGACAAACCUUUUGCAGAUUUCAUCAACAGGUACUCCACUCCCCGGAUGCCGUGGCAUGACAUCGCUUCUGUGGUCCAUGGGAAGGCGGCUCGUGACGUGGCGCGUCAUUUCAUCCAGCGCUGGAACUUCACGAAGAUUAUGAAACCAAAAUAUCGGUCUCUUUCGUACCCAUUUCUGCUUCCAAAAUCUCAAACAACGGCCCAUGAGUUAAAAUAUCAAGUGCCUGAAUCUGUAUGUGCAAAAGUACAGUUGCUCCGCUCUUCUGCUGAUUGGUCUGCGGGUAUAAAGUACCAUGAAGAGUCCAUCCACACUGCUUAUGUAAAUGUGAUAGAGAACAGCAAGCACUAUAUCUACAUAGAAAAUCAGUUUUUCAUAAGCUGCGCUGAUGACAAAGUGGUUUUCAACAGGAUUGGCGAUGCCAUUGCCCAGAGGAUACUCAAAGCCCACAGGGAAAGCCAGAGAUACCGGGUGUAUGUUGUGAUACCGCUUCUGCCAGGGUUUGAAGGAGACAUUUCAACCGGUGGAGGAAAUGCUGUACAAGCAAUUAUGCAUUUCAACUACAGAACCAUGUGCAGAGGAGAAAAUUCCAUCGUUGGACAGUUAAAAGCAAAGAUUGGCAAUCAGUGGAUAAAUUACAUUUCAUUCUGUGGCCUUAGAACACAUGCAGAGCUUGAAGGAAACCUAGUCACUGAGCUUAUCUAUGUCCACAGCAAGUUGCUAAUUGCUGAUGACAACACUGUUAUUAUUGGCUCUGCUAAUAUAAACGACCGAAGCAUGCUGGGAAAACGUGACAGUGAAAUAGCUGUCAUUGUACAGGACACGGAGACGGUUCCUUCAGUAAUGGAUGGAGAAGAGUACCAGGCUGGCCAGUUUGCCCAAGGACUUCGGCUACAGUGCUUUAGGGUUGUCCUUGGCUACCUUUCUGACCUGAAUGAGGACAUUCAGGACCCAGUGAGUGACAAAUUCUUCAAGGAGGUUUGGGUUUUAACAGCAGCUCGAAAUGCUACGAUUUACGAUAAGGUGUUCCGGUGCCUUCCCAAUGAUGAAGUACACAAUUUAAUUCAGCUGCGAGACUUCAUAAGCAAACCCAUAUUAGCGAAAGAAGAUCCCAUUAGAGCUGAGGAAGAACUGAAAAAGAUCCGUGGGUUCUUGGUGCAAUUCCCCUUUUAUUUCUUGUCUGAAGAAAGCCUACGGCCUUCUGUUGGAACCAAAGAAGCCAUGGUACCUAUGGAGGUUUGGACUUAAGAAGAGUUGUACUCUUUUGCAGACUAAGGACUUUCAUCCUGAACCACAUUGCACACAGUGACAUUCUGGAGACCUCACAGCCAAAGCCUGUCCUGGCACACGUCUCAACCCAUUAACCCACUGGGAAAGUGUCAAGGACUGACAUGGAAUGGUUUGGAAAGAAUGCAGCUCUACUGUAGGGACACUGAACCUGAGCAGGGAUUUAUAAUUCCUCCAGCCUGUAGUUGUGCAAAAGGGACUGCGUUCUUGCUGGUAGGCAUCUGCAACAACAUGAACAUAUACUCAAAUCCCAUGACGUACACCAAAAUGCAUUUCCUUUACGAACGAGAAUUUACCUGCUGCCAAGAGUUAUCUGAACCUCCUUAUUCUAUGCAGCAAAUGUCUGCUGGGCCUGCCCUGGUCUUAUACUCUGUACAGGCAGUGUUUGAGAUAUUGUUUACUGCUGGAAGAUGUUGUGAUGCUGCUUCUAGGUUGCAUGAGAUCCCUGUCUGUCAGACCCUGGAGUAGUAGUGCUCUUCCAAGACGGACGUGGUCAUUAUUCCUUUUUAGUGACUGAAAGGACCGGACAGACUUUAGUCUACACAGCAGCCCAUGUUAGGCACUUCUGAUAACAUUGAACUAUAUACUUUGACACCACGGGGCAGCAGGAAAGAUUUAAAUUCACUUAUUGAGAAAGAGAUUUCACUUUGCCCCCAAAGCUGCUGACAAGAUGUGUCCUUGUGAUAACGCCCACCUAAUCAAACUGGAAAACAUGUACAGUGUAUUUGAUUGCACAGCAAGCAGAUGAAAAGAGCACGCCGCCUUCAGGAACCUCCAAGGUGUCAGUCGCAAUCUGAUCCAGAUAAGAAGAGAAGAUUCCUUAUAGGCCUCUAAAAUUUCCUGUCAUCUUUAGCUGUGGGAUUGAUUGAAAUUUAAGUUUCUACAUUUCAAAAUCAAACCAGUGAACUCAAUCUGUCUUUCCAGAAAAUCAGAGGCUAUGUAACUCAUACCAAGUUAAUGAGUCCAACCUUAUUUGACAUUCAGCUCUUCAGCCACAUUAUCUUCUUUAAGGAAAAUUAAUUGAUUGCAAACUAUGUGCUGCUUUGCUUGCAUUAUUAAAUACACAUUAACAUUCUGCAAGGGCUUCCAAAGAAGUUCAGGUGCUUAUUAAUUCACAUUGUCCUAGUCUGUGAAUUGUUCUGGAAACCCCAUUUCUCCUUUCACUUUCACCAAAGCUCUAAUUUUACUAAAAGUAGUACUCUUAGAAGAGCUAAUGGGGGUUCCCAAAAGGCCUGUGCCUGUAAAACAUAGGGUAGCUGCAAUGAUUACAAAUUUCUAUGGGCUGCCUGGACAGAAUCUCAUUUGGGUGGUUCUAAGAAGCAAGGACCCAACCCCCUGUUCUCAUGGAGCUCAUAGUUCAGUCAAAAGGUUGAACAAGAGGACAAGGUCAGUGAUAUGGGUUAGUAGAAGAUAGAGACAGUAUCACAACCCAAGGGAGGGUUUGACAGCCAGAUACUAUUUCACAAAUGAGGUAGGACGAUGUAAUCAACAAUGGAAAUGAAGAUACUUUUAUGAAUAACUUAUUCUCAUAUGGCUGAAAAUGGUAAAAGCAGCUUCAUUCUAUAGCAUUUGUAAAUAAAACAUUUGCUAUUUCUGAAAGAAGUUUAGAUUGACAUGUAAGGUAUUAAGUGUAUGUGCAAUGCCUAAAGAUUUCUUCUAUUUUAUUUUCAAAUACUUUUUAAACCAUACAGCAGUCAACAAACUGGCUCUUGGUUUCGUGCAAGAUGUUCACAUAAAGCAUGAAAACUAAAAGCCAGAAACAACUUUUCCAGUCAGUUAUUCCAACUUCCAUCCCAUUUUACAGAUGAGAAAACUGAGGCUUGGAUUGGUUUGAAAAACUUAAAUCCAUCCAAUUUAUAGAUAAUGGAACUGAGACUAGUGAAUUUCUGCAGUCCGUUACUGACUUCUUUCACUUUAUCACUGCUUCAAAAUGAGAUGCUGUAACUAGAUUUCAGACAGCAUGUCUCUAAGCUAUUUUGAACGCUGUGAUAUUAUGUAUUUAUGUGUUUAUUGGUCUGUCUCAACCUACUAGAAGAUAAGGGGGCAAGGACUCCCUGUGUUUUGUUCAUAAUGUAUCCCCAGACCUGAAACAGUGCCUGGCACAUAGUAGGUACUCAAUAAAUGUUUGUGAAUGAUUCACUGAGGUGGAGGAAAGAGCUAGUGAAAUGAAAAACAUACUGAGUCUCAAAUAAGAAAUCUUACUGCUGGUUUCUGUGGCAAAUUUUUUUCGAGUGCAUCUUCUCAAAGGUAAGAUGCUCAUCUGCAAAGAUGAGUGGCUACAAGAUUUACUUGGAGGCGUUUUAUGGAAAAUUCAGUGCACUAAUUGCCUCUUUUGCAGUAGCAGUUUACAUAGCAUUCUGUAAAAUUCACGUGGACUGUGGACAUAAGAUGCACCAUCUAACCUACUUACCCAUCCUUCUCUGGUAUCAUUACUACCUAAUAAAAGUUACAGAAAUUUAUCUUUAACAUUGAGAUGUCUGAUAUGAACUUUAAAAUGCAAAUAACUCAAAGCGUUGAAAAAGCUAUUAUGAAUCUGUUCAACAUUUCAAGUGGACGAUAAUCUUCCAAAAUGCCUAUAAAAAAAA